AUGCCCUGCGAGGUUAUGAUCAAAGUAGGGCUGCAGACGCGGCAUACAUAUCACGGCCUCUCCCCAUCAUCCCCUGACAUGGACUCAAUUCUCGCUGUCGCCAAGGAGCACCAAACCGCCAUGUUGCUGGGCCUCGCGGGUCGUACGCCAAUAAAAACAGCUCCUAGAUCACCCAAGCUACUAUCUCACUGCAGGGUUACAUUGUUGUCAAGCGUCUCAAUAUCUCGCCGACGCAUUUGGAUCGCACAUUCUUUGGCGACGGAUCCGCCCAGUCGGUGA